GGUGGAGAACUAUGCGCCUCUCUUCUCUUUCUCUCUACCUCUUCUCUUCUAACAGUUAAACUCUCUUCUCGAUUUUGUAAGAUAACCGAGAUGAUGAAGAAGAAGAACAAUGGUGACUGGAGGGAUAAAGGGACGAUGAAGAAGAAGCUCUAAUUUUCGAUUGUUUGGAGAGUGAUGUAAAGUUGGGGUUUCUGAGUUUUUCAGCUUCUGGGUUUGAGUAUUCACGCAUUUCAGAUCAUAAGCAUGGAGUCUGAGAUGGCAAUACAUGAUGGUGGGUGCCACUGCAAGAAUGUAAGAUGGCGAGUUCAAGCACCUGCUAAGGUUGUGGCUUGGAGUUGCAACUGUUCGAAUUGCUCUAUUAGGGGUAACACAAAUUUCAUUGUCCCUUCUGAAAGAUUUGAACUUUUGGGUAAUUCUGAACAGUUUCUUACAACUUAUAGCUUCGGUACUCACACAGCAAAGCAUACUUUCUGUAAGGUCUGUGGGAUAACUUCGUUUUAUUAUCCGCGCUCAAACCCUGAUGGGGUUGCCAUCACAUAUAAAUGUGUUGAUCCUGGAACACUAACCUACAUUGAGGUUAAGUAUUUUGAUGGGAAAAAUUGGGAGAACUCCUACAACCAGUCGAACAUUGCUUCGCAGUCAAAGGUAGACUUUGGGAACUAA